AUGGUGGUAUUGAGCCUCAUCUUACAAGGCAUUCUCAUAGUUUUUGGCAACAAGAGGAAGUACUCAACCAGCAAAUGGCUCCGAUUGCUGUGGCUUGCCUACUUGUCCGCAGACUGGGUUGCAACAGUCUCACUCAGCCUCCUUUCCAAAAAUUUAUCAUCAACAAACCACAAUAUGAAUUCCGCAAAUGCAGACGACCAAGACCAGAUCCUGACAGCAUUUUGGGCGCCGUUUCUUCUGCUUCACCUUGGCGGCCCGGACACCAUCACUGCAUACUCUUUGGAAGACAAUGAGUUGUGGUGGAGGCACUUGCUUGUGCUCCUUGUCCAGGUGUCCCUGGCUGUCUAUGUCUUUCUUACAGCCUGGGCUGGUCAGGCGCUUAACCUUCUUGCAAUUCCAGUGUUUGUUGCAGGGAUCAUCAAGUUUGCGGAGCGGACUUGGGUUUUGAGAUACACGGAAGAACUGCGCUCGAAGAAGCGUGAAGGGUUCAAGGUUGACAUAGAGAGAGUGGAUGAGGCUCCCACCAUUGGUGAUUUUUCCUUUACAGCUCCAAGCAUCUUUCCAAAUACAGCCAAUUUGCAACAUGCCGAUGUCUUCUUCAACAUUUUCAAGAGGCUAUUUGCAGAUCUCAUCCUCAGCAUCCAUGAUAUCUUGAAAAGCAAAUCCUUCUUCCAGAACAGAUCCUACUAUGAAGCUUUCAAAGUGAUUGAGAUUGAGCUUGGGUUCAUGUAUGAUUUGUUUUAUACAAAGGCUGUCCUUUAUAGUCUCAACGGCGCAAUUCUUCGUUUUACCAGUUUUGUUUCCAUCAUUUCCGUCUCUGUCACCUUCCUGGUCAUGAUCGAGAAGCAAGAUUAUUCAGCACCAAGUCUAAUUAUCACUUAUGUGUUGCUGGCUGGUGCUAUCAUCCUCGAGCUCUAUGCUGUGAUUUUAUUUCUACGCUCAGAUUGGGCAGUGCUAUGGUUUUGUAAGCACAAGAUAGCAGCACAUUUGUUGUAUCCAGUGAUUUCACAUAUGCCGUUAGCUGAAAACAAAAGGUGGUCUAAUGUAAUUACACAAUACAACUUAAUUUCAAUCUGCUGUGAAGAUAAGCGGGCCAAGUACAGGUUCCUCGAAAAGGUCUCCGGGAUAUGCAGAAAAUCGAAGAAACUAGUGGAAGUCCCUAGAGAGUUGAAGGAACUGAUAUUUCUGCAGCUGUUAAAGAAAUCAACAUGUGCCCCAAACGCUGAAGGUUACAAGAAGUUAAGGGAUCGUAGGAUGGAUUGGGUUCUUCAAAAUGAGAAUUGUAUCGAAAAACUUGGCUGGAGCAUUGGAGAAGAAUUUGAUCUCAGCAUUCUUCUUUGGCAUAUUGCAACACAACUCUGUUAUUACUCUGAUCAGGAAACAUACCCAAACUCUUUCCCCGAUCCGAAUUGUGAAGCCAGCAAGUUGUUGUCCGAGUAUAUUUUGUAUCUCCUAGUCAAGCGUCCCUUCAUGCUGCCCAAUGGGAUCGGACAAAUCAGGUUCAAGGACACAUGCGCCGAAGCCACGGAAUUCUUCAAACAAAGAAGAUGCCAAAGAUCAGAAUAUGACCUGGCUUGCAAAAAACUACGUGAGGUGAACAGUGAUGAGAUCCUUCCAGCUGAAGUAAAAGGAGAUGAAAGCAAGUCAGUGCUAUUUGAUGCAUGCAAGCUUGCUAAAGAUUUGGAAUCCCUGGAAACAAAGGAAAAUUGGGAGAAUCAGAAGAAGUGGGAGUUGAUCAGCCACGUCUGGGUGGAAAUGCUAUCUUCAGCUGCCAGCCAUUGUCGAUGGAAUCAUCACGCUGCGCAACUCAGGCAUGGGGGAGAGCUGCUCACUCAUGUCUGGCUUCUUAUGGCACAUCUUGGUUUAACUGAACAACUUCAAACUUUCGAACUUCAAAAGGCCAUAGUAUUGAAUGUGCGGUGA